AUGUUGGUCAACACCAGGACGACGCAGUCAGUGUUUCUGCCAUCAGGAGCGGACUGCAGCCACACCCCUGACGCUACAACCACCCUCAUGGCUGCCAACGGGACCCCCAUCUGCUCCUACAGCAUGAAGCCCCUAAAAUUCUCCAUCCUGGGGCGCAAUUACAUCUGGCCUUUCAUCGUCACAGACGUCAAGACCCCUCUUCUGGGGGCGGACUUCCUAACACAACAUGGGCUUCUCGUGGAUGUAGGCUGCAAGCACCUCCUUGACACGAGGACAUGCCACUCCCUCCCACUCGCUGGAGGCCCCUGCAUCCCUACCGUUUGCUCCAUCACGUCUCACAAAUACGGCAAUCUCCUGCAGGAGUUCCCUGACAUAUUCAAGCCAGAACUCCGUCAGGUGGCCGACACCCUGGCCAAGCAUGGCGUAUUUCACCAUAUCACCACCACGGGCACCCGCACGCAUGCAAAAUUCCACCAACCCGCCUACAGGACGCAAAAAGCAAUAAGGGCGUUCUCAGAGAUGGAACGAAUGGGCAUCUGCCAGAAAGCCUCGAGCCUGUGGUCCUCACCUCUCCACAUGGUGAAAAAGUUGGACGGCACCUAG